AUGGAGGAUAAUAUAACUUCAAUUGUAAUUGAUUGUGGAUCUGGUAUGUGUAAAGCUGGAAUUGGUGGUGAAGAAUUUCCAAGAGUUUCAUUUCCAUCAAUUGUAGGAAAGCCAAGAUUUGAAAAAACAAUGUGUGCUAUUGGUAAUAAAGAAUAUUAUGUUGGUGAUGAAGCUCAAUCUCAAAGAGGAAUGUUAUCAUUAAAAUAUCCAAUUAAGAAUGGAAUAGUUGUUAAUUGGGAAUAUAUGGAAAAAUUGUUAUUUCAUAUGUUUUAUAAUGAAUUACGUGUUUCUCCAGAUCAGUAUCCAAUUCUUUUCACUGAAUCACCAUUAAAUCCUAAAUCAAAUAGGGAAAUGUUAACACAAAUAAUGUUUGAAAAAUUUAAUGUACCAGCUUUAUAUAUAGCAAUUCAAGCUGUCCUUUCAUUAUAUGCGUCUGGUCGUACAUGUGGUAUUGUUUUGGAUUCAGGUGAUGACGUUACACAUACAGUGCCAAUUUAUGGUGGUUAUGUUUUACAACAUUCAAUAAUUCGUUUAAAUUUUGCUGGAAGUGAUUUAACAGAAUAUAUGGCAAAAUUAUUAUUAGAACGUGGGUAUUCAUUUACAACAACUUCUGAAAUGGAAAUUGUUAAAUCAAUUAAAGAGAAAUUAGCAUAUGUUGCUAUUAACUUUAAUGCUGAAAUGUCAAAACCAAUCGAUACAUUAGAAACAACUUAUCAACUACCAGAUGGUCAAAUAAUAAUAAUUGGAAAUGAAAGAUUUCGUUGUGCUGAAGCGUUAUUUCAGCCAUCAAUGAUUGGCUUAGAAUGUGAUGGUAUUCAUGAAACAAUUUUCAAAUCAAUAAUGAUGUGUGAUAUUGAUAUUCGUAAACAUAUGUAUGCAAAUAUUUUAUUAUCAGGUGGUAAUACAAUGCUCUCAGGAAUUUCCGACCGUAUCUAUAACCAACUAAGAGAAUUGGCACCAAAUAAUAUGAAAAUUUUAAUUGUUGCUUCCCCAGAAAGAAAAAAUCUUGUAUGGAUAGGUGGAUCAAUUUUAACUACUCUUCCCCUAUUCCAAGAAAUGUGGAUCUCAAAAGAAGAAUAUGAUGAACAUGGCCCAUCAAUUAUUAAUAAAAAAGUUGGAUUAUAUUAA